UUUUCCAAGAUUAGUUAAACCUGAGAUAACUUUUUUAUUAGAAAAUUCGACCAGGUUUUAAUGGGAAUAUUUGCAGUAGAUUUGAUAAAAGGGUUUGAGGAUAAACUUUGUGGGCAAAGUUGACAACAAUCGCUUCUACGUAACUGUAUAAAAGAGCGAACUUAUUUGCGUUAAAAACUAAUUUUUUUCUUCAUCUACCAAUCUAACAUGUUAAUUGAUGGAUAUCUAUUGUUUAUCUGUUUGCCCGUUAAUGAGUAACUAGGAAUACUUGCUAUUGGGAAUUUUCAAAAAUAUUUUUUGGCGAUUAUCAGCGAAGAAUGCUGAAAGUAUUUAGUGCAAAGUUGAAAAAUUUGAAAAGUAAAUAACAAAGGUACCUUCAGUAAGAAUGUCCCAGGUAAAAUCUAAUUCAUCUUUAAUAGCUACCACAUCCAGAUCUAUAUCAGAACACAAUGAAAAUAAUAAUCCUGUAACAGAAAAUGGUAAUAAUAAUAAUAAUGAUGGGAAAGAUGAAGAGAACGAUGUUGCCGAAUCCUUUCCGAAGUCCGAAGAGUCCGAAAAACUGGAUAAUAUUACUACGGGAUCUAAAGAUUCAAUAUGCAGUGCGCCAUUGUCACCGACAGCUGGAAAAACCAGGAGACCGAAAAUUGUGAUGGGAAAAAGGGCGCUCCUGAGAGAUCAACAGCGUAGCCAGUCAAACCUGAUUCAUCAGCUGGUAAACGUUAACGACAAAUACGAAGACCAGUUAACACACUGUAUCAAUCGAAUCUACCAUAGAAGAGUAUCCAGAGACUCUACCGACGACGACGGAGCCAGUUCAAACUAUUCUGCUGGUAGUUUGAGAACAAUAAACACUCCAGAGGACUUGUACGAUGGAAGAAGUUAUUUUUCCUUGCUGUUUCCUACUAGAUCGGACAACGAGUUCGAUUUUUUGCAGUCGACCGACGAUCUAAACAAAGACACUUCAGUAGAAGAGACUUUUUUGGACUCUACAGUCAUAUCGACUGAUUUGGAUUACGACCCUAACAAGUUCUUGAAGAACGCUUUGGGUGAUUUAUCGUUUGAGACACAAUCAUUGGAUGGGGGAUUUCACAGUACAAAGCUGAACACCUCCGCUAACAUGGAUACUACAAAUGUAUCCUCCAUAUUUUCCAAAGCGGGUUCCUUAUACAGUUCAAUGAGGAAAAGUAUAAGAAGAGCUUGUUCGUUUAGGGAUAAACAUCCAGAUGCAAGAAAUAAAAAAGGUGGGAAACCCAGAUGCCAAUCUUACACAGCAGAUGGCGAUGCAGUUGGUGGAGAAGAAAACCUGAUGCGCGAAUUGUUCGUACAAAACGGAAUUAUUUUUCAAGCAUCUAAAGCACUGAGUUUUUGCAAGAACUCUGGAGACUAUGGCAGCCCAGAGUGUAUUGAAGCUGAAAAAAUUCUUUUAGUAGCUAGUUGUACUAAGGAAGAAAUCCAAUUGGCUAUAGACAAUGUAGAAUAUUACGGAAAAAAUGACAAUACUGACAAAUACUCUGGAACUUUAGAAAUAUCAGACAUCGUGUACUAUCUAAAGGGAGAUGCAGUCACAGAAAUGUGUCCCAAGAAAGACUAUAUCGAGUAUUUCGUUGUGAUAAUCCACAGCGGUAAAACGGUCCUGUCCAGCAAGGUUCUAACAGCCGACAAAAAUGGCGAGGUCAAAGCAAAUAAGACGUUCGUUUUGACAGACUUGUGCACGAAUUUUAACGCUUCUGUAGCUGUCUAUUCUAUGAAGGUCGGACAGGUGGACAACGCAGGAGAAGAUACAAAGUUACAUCACAAAAAAGAAAGAAAAUCACGCAAGCCUUGUCCAUCUCCCAGAAGUUUCUUUAAUUUGCACCACAGCUCAUCCAGAAGAAACCUCUAUAUUUCCGAGGGUGGUUUUACCAUAAAACCGUCCUCAUUUACACUGUGGGGUGUCUGUGAUAUUCGUUGUUCGGAUAGGGAUAAAACCCAUUUUAGAAUGCACCACGUACCUUUGUGUUCCACUUUAGAAGGUUAUUUUACAGCGGUAUUGGAAACUUCGGUAGUGCUGAAGAAUAAGUCUAAUGGAUUUAUAACUAUUGGAACAGAAGAAAAAUCACAUUUAGUGUGGAAUCGCAGAUGGUGUCUUCUUGUCGGUUCACUCCUGGAAUAUUGGAAUUAUCCAUCUGAAGAAUCAUCUUCAGCCGAUCCAAUUGGAGCCAUAGACUUGAAAAAUGUCUUGGAGGAAGCGUCACCUGCAGACAGAAGUCUAUGUCCACGACCAAAAACUUUACUUUUGAUAGUUAAGAAUAACGGAGAAGUCAUUCACUAUUUUCUGUCAUUUGAUACGUUAGAAGACAAGGAACAUUGGUACAAUGACAUCAAUUUUGUCAUAGAAACUUUGAGAUCUUGGGGACAACUCCAUUCUCAAAUUUCUACCAGUGUUUAGUUUGACUUACCUUUACUUAAGGUAUUUUUUCUAUACAUAUUUAUUUAAGCACCGUCUGAUCGAAAAAAGUCGUCAUGAUAGGAGUAUAGAUCGAUCAUUAUUGCGUCUACGGCUGUUUUAUUCGAUCACAUGGUACAACAAUAAUUAACCUUUUUUCUUACAGUGUAUAUAAUAGAAUAUCUCAAACAUGUAUUUUAUCUUAAAUAUUUGUUCAUUUUUUUUUAAAUCGGUAAUUUUUUGUACAUUUUCUAGAACUCGAGUUUAAGUUUAUAUAAUGACUAUAUAUUUGUAACUAUAAUCGUUUGAUAUUGUUAAAAAGUUUGAUGUUAUAUCGCAGGAAAAUACACGUUUUCUUUCAAGAUACUUAGCUUUAUAUUAAGUAAUUUUUACGAUUUGAUGAAUAUGUUUGGCAACUAUAGGUACUCAAAGUUUUGGAAUAAACGAUUUUUGUUAUAUGCCAUA